GUCCACCCCUGCGCUCUGCUGAAUGGGCUCGUCCUGACUGCCUUUCCUCGUGAGUGGAACGCGCAGCUCCUUUCCCAGGCACAUAACCGAAUGGCUUUUGCGCUCAAGGUCGGUCGCAUCGAUAACGCCCGUACAAACAAAAGUCUUUCCUCGCAAGGCGUUCUUCUCAGCACAAUUUGCGCGCCGUGUUUUCUCCGACACUGCUUUGCACACAUGCGCCAUGUGUGAAAAAACUCCUCGUGCCAGGUGGACAUCCACGGAAAUAUGGGCUCUCCUGAGACUCUGGGAACAGAACCUGGACGGCCUGCGGAAGCAGAAGAGAAAUGGAGCGGUAUACCAAAAGAUCACGGCAGCUCUCAACAAAAUGGGUUUCAGCAAGGCCAAGAAACAAGUGCAUUCCAAGAUCGAGAACCUAGGUCAUACGUAUAGGAUGGCGGGCUUAAUAAACAAAAGAAACCAUCAGGAUCCGCUACAGGACUCCAUGUCCCAGCAGUUGUCGACAGAAACGGCGGACGCUUUAAAGCUUUCUAAAGAUGAGCCAGAAUCGGCAAAUUCAAAGUGCGAGUUCUUCGAAGCCAUGCAUCGCUUCUUGGGUGGAUGUCCUGCAAACGAAGCUGUCGUCACAAAGGAAGAAGAGGAGGAUACCAACAGUUGGGACACAACGCAAUUGCGUGUCAUCAGUGGCUCCCCGCACAGCUCAACUGAAGACAACACGGAAGAGUGGAUAAUUCCAAUAUCAUCGGACGUCGACGAAGACGUAGUUAUCACGAACCAGCAAGACAAACAUGCGGCGUCCGCUGCUUCAACUCUCACCAUAACUGACAGUGUUGGCUGUGAGAACUCCGAGUGCAUCCCGAACAACUCUUACACGAAGGAUGACCCGUUAGAGAAACCACAAAAGAAAGCGAGACUCGAGAAAACUUUGGAGCCUUUGGUACAGGAGCUGCGUUCCUUGAGGCAGACCAUAGAGAAUACACACAAACGUGAGCUUGAAGUCCGUGAAAGGGAACUACAAUUGCAGGAAGAAUCGCAUAAACUCCAAAAAUAUUUGUUGGACACCUUGGCGAGGUUUCUUCCGGAUCAGUCAUAACUAUGGUUACAAAUAAAUGAUUAUCAAACGUA